GAGCAAAACCAGCCUAUCCUUAUACUCCCUCCUCCUCUCUCUCCUCAACUUUACUUCUCUUUUCCUUGCUUUUUCCCUCUCCAGAAUUCUGAAUCUUUGCCAGCCAAAGCUUCUCUCUCUCUCUCUCUCUCUCCGUUUUCUCUCCCAACGCCACCCCAAUAAUUCGACAGCCCACCACUCCCGAACACCCCCCCGCUUUCCAAGUUCCUCUGGUCGAUCUUUAAGACUGCUGGGGCGGAAGAAUCUUUGAUUGUCUCUUUCUUUGAGGAAAUCAAGGCGUGACGGACAGCCCGGACUUGCCCAAAAAGAAAAGAUUUGAUCGAACGAACGACCCGUACUCCCUCCCAUGGAACUUUGAGAAACGUUUCCCCACCCUCCUCCCCCUGUUCCUCCUCCUCCAAUCUCAAUCUCUCUCUUGCCCCCGUCCCCUUUCAAAAUUCUUGAAAGUGGGUCAAGUCCAUCUGCGCCCAUGAUGUGCUCUCUCCCGAGCUUUUGCGAAAGCGGACCGGUCGCAGUCAAGAUUUGCUCCGAGUUCUGACGUUUGUUUCCUUGUGUUUUUUGCGUGUUCUGGGUCCUCUCGAAACGGACGUAGCUGCUGCUUCCUCCCCUGCUUCCUCCACGCUCAUGGAGGGAAAGAAUGGAGGGCAGUGCAAGAUCAGGAAGAGGGGCUGCUCGUCCUCCUCCUCCUCGUCCCUGGUGAGGAGGUACCGGCUGAAGAGGGCGAUCUUGGUGGGGAAGCGAGCAGGGUCGAGCACCCCUGUUCCCACGUGGAGGACGGGCGCGAAGUCGCCGCCGCUGAUGGUGCCCAGCGCUUGCUUGGCGGCGGCGGCUCAGAACGGCGGGGGUAGAGCGAAGAAGGAAGUGCCCGUCUCCGCCAGGAAGUUGGCUGCUACUCUCUGGGAAAUCAAUGGAGUGACGUCGCCCGGAGAGGGGAGCGACUUGGAUGCGACGAUGGAUCAGAAGCUGUCGAGGAGAAGAGAGAAGGACGCGAGGUUGUCGCAUUCGGGCUCUUUGGUCCCUCGGUUGCCUGAUCCGAACCACAGCCCUGCGCUUGAGAGGAAGGGUCAAGCUGGAGGCGGCAAUCACCAGAGAAGAUCCUCAGCAGUUUCUCAGAAACUUCUGAUCACAGAUUUCGUCGAAGGAGGCCAGGACUCUUAUAGCAAUGCCAGCGUGAUAGAGAUCGAAGCUCCUAAACGCAAGAACCGGGCCGAAGAUAGAAGGACUCGUCUAAAGGACGUCGUUAGUAGUUUAACCACGUCGAAGGAACUUCUGAAAGUUCUUUUUCGGGUGGGUGGUCUCGAGAAGCAACACAAACCGACUAUAGCCCUCGUCUCGGCCUUAGGAGUCGAGCUCGAUCGUUCCAUCAUCCAGGUUGAGCAGUUGAUCCAUGAAGAGAGGUCUCAUUCUCACCAGAUUGAUUUCCUCAUGAAGAAUUUCGCAGAAGAAAAGGCGUCUUGGAGAAGAAAGGAGCGGGAACGAAUCCGCACUACCAUUUCACAUAUGGCUGAGGAAGUCGACGUGGAAAAGAAAUUGAGAAGACAAACGGAGAGAAUAAACAAGAAGCUUGGCCAAGAACUGGCUGGCAUGAAGUCAUCUCUUUCCAAGGCGAUGAAACAGAUCGAGAGUGAGAAGAGGGCUAAGGAAGUAUUGGAGCAGGUCUGCGACGAGUUAGCGAGAGGGAUUGGAGAGGACCGGGCGCAAGUGGAAGAAUUGAAGAGAGAAUCCGCCAAAGUUCUUGAAGAGGUGGAGAAGGAGAGGGAAAUGCUUCAGCUAGCGGAUGUCUUGCGGGAGGAGAGAGUGCAGAUGAAACUUUCAGAGGCCAAGUACCAUUUUGAAGAGAAGAAUGCCGCCGUCGAAAAGCUGAGGGCUCAGCUCGAGACCUACAUGAAAUCCAAAAUGAGUAAAGAUGAGAAUUCUCCGAAAUCACAGAAAGCCAAGGAGCUCGAGGCGUUCUUGAGCGACAAUAUCAAUCUUGAAUGCGCUGAAAACGAAUUAUUCCGAGAGAAUAAAGAAGAAGCUGAUGGAGAGGAGUGCGAAGGAAAUGAAUCCGCAGACAGCGAUCUUCAUUCGAUCGAAUUGAACAUGGACAACAACACCAGGAGCUACAAGUGGAGCUACGCGCACGACGAUACUAAUCAAGAGAACUCGAAAUGGGUCUCGGUAGAUAAUGAGUUCAACUUCAAUGGGAGGAGAUCUUCAUCUGACAAAAUUCAAUGGGAGAGCAUCUCCUUAAGAAGAGGAAACUCUAAAGGGGCGAAUCUUCACGACGGUGCCAGAACUCUUGACAACCUGAAUGGGUUCGACGCAGGGAGACUAAUAGAGUUCUUCUCACCGGCUAAAAUGGACAGCAACAAAGAAGAAGAAACCAGAAGAAACAGAGCGCUCGCAGGCCUGAAGGACCCUCAGCUGUCGAAUUUCGCCAGUCCGAUCAGGCCAUGGAGCCAGUCCUUGCCUCUGCAAGAUCACGGCAUGGAGAGUUGGACUGUGGGAGAGACUAAUGAAUGCGAAAUCGAAGCGAGUCAGGAUUAAAGAGUUUUUUUCCUUCUUCUUUUGCGCUCAUCUCCAUGUCAGGCAGGGAAUACUAGAAAUUGCUAGCGAACGAUGUCCUCGCGUUAGUCCUAUUCGAGAAUUUUGAUACUAUAAUUGUAUAUGUGUUGCUGGUCUAGUGCUGAUGUUAAAAACCAUCCCAAUUCGCAAUUUUAGUUCUUGCUGCUAAA